AUGUUUACUGAGUCAUUGAUGCCAUCCAACCAUCUCAUCCUCUGUCACCCCCUUCUCCUCUCACCCUCAGUCUUUGCCAGCAUCAGAGGCAUUUCUAAUAAGUCAGCUCUUCACAUCAGGUGGCCAAAAUAUUGGAGCUUCAGCUUCAGCAUCAGUCCGUCCAAUGAAUAUUCAAGGUUGAUUUCCUUUAGAAUUGACUGGUUUGAUCUCCUUGCUGUCCAAGGGACUCUCAAGAGUCUUCUCCAACACCACAGUUGGAAAGCAUCAAUUCUUUGGUGCUCAGCCUUUAUUGUUCAGCUCUCACAUCCAUAUGUAAUUGGGGAUGGCCUGUUAGAAGUACCUGGGUGA